CUCUCGGCCUGCCAGGGGCGAUCCCGGCUUUCCGCACCUCCCGCACCGGGAGGGCCGUGCGGAGCAGCUGCCGCCGGUGCCCGCGAGCGGCGGCCCCGCGAUGAGAGGCGCCGACUGGUGCCGGAGCUCGGCGGGGGCCGCCCUCGUCCUGGCCACGUCCAGCGAUGCCGAGCACCCCGCCGAGAGCGUGGCGGACGGAAGCUCCAAAACAUUUUGGACGACGACAGGCAUGUUCCCACAGGAACUGAUUAUUGGUUUUCCCAAAUGUGUAAAAAUCAGCAAAGUCGCCAUCCAGUGUUAUUUGGUGCGGACCUUAAGGAUUGAAAGAAGCACAUCUAAAGACCCUGUGGGUUUUGAACAGUGCAUUGAAAAAGAUUUGCAGCACAGAGAAGGACAGCUCCAAAUGGAAGAAUUUCCACUUCCUGAGUUCCAAGCCACUUAUUUGCGUUUCAUCAUCAAAUCUGCCUUUGAUCAUUUUGUGUCAGUGCACCGGGUGAUGGCAGAGGGCACAGCAGACAACACUUGAGCUCAGCUUAAAUUUGGGCCUCCAUUUUAUUUUUUUUAUAAGGAAGUUUCAUUUUGAUAGUUGCACUGCAGAGUAUGUUUAUUAUUAGAACCUUGUAUUAAAGUUUUUUUUGAAGGUAUGGGUGUGGUAUGUAUUCCCUGCUGGUUUAAUGUGUGGAAUAGAAUAGAAUAUAGAAUCAUUUAGGUUGGAGAAGACUUUUAGGAUCAUCAAGUCCAGCCAUAUCACAGUGCUGUUGUUAAUUUUAGUAACAGCUUUUUCAUUUUGUAACCUCAACUGUCAGCCUAGAACACCUGAGCAUAACUGAGUGUUAUUUAAGGUAGUAUGUUUAUAUCAGGCCUACAUAAUACAUGAAUUAAAACUCAAUUUCCUGUAAAGUGUUUCCUUUGCACUCUCAGUUAAAUAGAAAUAAAAAAGGGAUAGCUACUUAA